GAACGGCACUCUGCAGAUAACCUUACCUUGGCCUAAUCAGCUGCUCGUUCAGUCGAUCGGGUUCUGAUUUUCUGGUCCUUCUUUUUAAUUAAUUGGGGCAAUUUUGAAUCAAACUUGUAAAAUGCUCUCAAGGCUGGCCCUCAGAAAAGCUUUCCAGUUGAAAAGCGCAGCUCCGUCGUUGGUGGGCGGUUGCACCAGGUUCAGCUCGAGCCAAGGAUCGGAGGACGUGCUUUGCAAAGAAGGAUCGGAACGGGACGUAGUCAAUUUUCCAAGACUGACCAGGCAGGAGUUUCCAUCCAAAGUCAGACAUGGAUUUAUUCCGGAAGAAUGGUUCGAGCUUUUCUACAAGAAAACAGGCGUCACUGGGCCUUACGUGUUAGGCGUUGGUUUACCUAUUUAUCUGUUGAGCAAGGAAAUUUGGGUGAUAGAACACGACUUCGGUUAUGUUUUUGCAUUUUUUGGCCUUGUAUAUUACAUCAACAUGAAAGUUGGCUCAAAGAUCAGCGGAUGGCUCGACAAGCAAGUCGAUGAAGCCGAUGCCGAACUGAGAGAUAGCCGUCUGAACCAUCUGAAAUGGUUGGAAGACGCCAUCAAAGAGGAGGAGGAAGCACAAUGGCGGGCAGAGGGCCAGUAUCUCCUUUUAGACGCCAAACGGGAAAACGUCAAAUUGCAACUUGAAGCAACUUACAGAGAAAGAGCUAUGAAAGUUUAUUCAGAGGUGAAAAAGCGUUUAGACUACCAAUUGGAAAAACAGAGGGUCGAUCAAGUAAUUGCUCAGAAACAUAUGGUUCAAUGGGUCGUUUCGAAUGUCCUCAAAUCGAUUUCCGAUGCCCAAGAAAAAGAGAACAUUAAGAAAUGCCUUUCUGAUCUUCAAAUGCUUUCGGCAAAAGCUUAAAUUUUUAAAUAGUAAUUUUUAGUCAGUCUAUUUAAAUAAUUUUCCUGAGUUCAAAAGAUCCCCCAUGCUGUUAAAAUAGAAAAAUUCACGAAAAUUGUACACAUAUGCGUUAUACAAUUAAAGGAAAUGUUUUUAUUGGGCUUAAGUAGUAUUUGUUAAAUUGUAUCAAACUUUGGUGAUCAGACAUGUUCAAAAUAAAGAUAUAGUUCAAUUUGUUCUA